AGAUGCAGACUGUGAUUGAGAGAGAUCGCUCCAAGAUUCACUCCCUCAAUGAAAAGUUACAUCGUACACAGCAGAUGUUGUAUGACAGCACUAAGGACUAUCUAGAGCUGAAGUAUGAAGGACGAUCUCAGGAGCGAGUCUGGAUGGCAGUGAAGGACCGUCUACUACAGGAGCUGGAUCGAUGUAAGGAACAACUAGAUGUCUCCAAAGAUGACGUCUUAGUCAUCUCAGAUCAUGCACUGGAAGAGAGACAAACACAGAACUUGGAAAUUGAGGUGGGCAUUAUAGAGAAGCUUCCUGCACAAAGAAAUCAUUUCAAGUUAAAUACAAUACAAUAAUGAUCAUUUUCAAGCAAAUUCGUUUGAAUUGCUUUAAAAAAAGAACUAACUUUUCCAUUCAG